UCAAUAUCAGCCCUACGAUACUUGAUAAUUCUAAGCCUUAUUUUAACAAUGAUAAUAAGAUGAUAAUAAUUUAUUAAUUACGCGAACGAAUUACUUGCUCGUAACACAUAGUGGGGAGAGGUGUUUCAAGUCCCUAGUAAAAAUGGGAGCUUCUCCAGAAACCAAGGAAAGUGAAUUCAAUGAUGGGAGUUUACCAGAGAGAGUCGAUCUUGAUGAUGUCUUGGUUAACGAGUUGGGACAGUUUGGACCGUUCCAAUUACGCUACAUGCUUCUUGUUGCAAUUCCCAUCAUCAUGUCAGCGUUCAUGAGUGAAUAUAUCUUCUCAGCUGCAGCUAUUCCUCACAGAUGUCGCGUGGACGAAUGUGGAGAAGACACCAAACUGGUCGACACAUUUGAACCCGAUUGGAUCACGAAUGCUAUCCCAGAAACUAGCACGGGCUUAGCCAGCUGCUCUCGCUUCAGACCACGUAAUAACAUGGUUAAUGGUAGCUUGAAUUACUGCCCUGCGACGCUGUUUGAUCAGUCCGUGACUGUGGACUGCAAUGAUUUUGUGUAUGCUAGAGAUAACUCUGUUGUUUAUGAUUUUGACCUUGGAUGUCAAGAAUGGCUGAGAGUACUCUCCGGAACACUCAACAGCGUAGGAACGCUUCUAGUUCUGCCCAUCACUGGCUACAUCUCCGAUAGAUUCGGUCGAAGGGUCGCGCUUGUGAUCAGCGUCUUCAACCUGGCUCUCAUAGGUCUCAUCAGAGCCUUCUCUGUUAACUACAACAUGUAUAUAGCUUUGCAAAUCUUGCAGACUACACUGGGUGCGGGAACUUUCAGUUCUGCGUACGUUUUCGCUGCUGAGCUCGUGGGACCAAAGUACAGAGUGCUUGCAAGUGCCACAUCUACUUCAAUGUUUGCAGUAGGUCAAGUGAUAAUGGGAGGAAUCGCCUGGGUCAUCCAACCCUGGAGAUACAUGAUCAUGACACUUCAUAUCCCCUGCUUUUUAAUCAUUUCCUACUACUGGAUACUGUCCGAGAGCAUAAGAUGGCUACUAUCGAAACAAAAGUUUACAGAAGCUAGACAGAUAUUGGAAAAAAUUGCAAGAGUAAAUAAGAAACAGAUAAGUGAGAAGUCAAUGGCGGGAUUGUUGACACCGCCUCCAGUUACCGAGGAAUCUAAAAAGACAAAUGAACAAGGCCUCAUAAGCACUAUUUUCAAGUCUCGCAUCUUACUACGACGAGUGUGCACCACGCCCAUCUGGUGGAUCACCACGACAUUCGUGUAUUACGGUCUCUCUAUCAACUCUACUAGCCUCUCCGAUACUAUGUACCUGAACUACAUCCUGACCUGCGCCAUCGAGAUCCCUGGUUUCUACACCGCUGUCUUCAUAUUAGACAGAAUUGGAAGGAAACCUACGCUCUCGGGUGGAUUCUUCUUUAGUGCAAUUUGCAAUAUUGCCUUCGUAUUCAUUCCUAGUGACUUAAACGUGUUGCGUCUUAUCGUGUACCUGGCUGGCAAGUUUGGUAUCUCCCUUGUGUUCACGUCUCUGUACCUGUACACAUCUGAACUGUACCCGACUGAGUUCCGACACAGUCUGCUUGCUUUCUCCUCUAUGAUCGGAAGGAUCGGGUCUAUUACAGCGCCGCUUACACCAGUACUUAUGGACUACUGGCACGGCAUUCCCUCCAUGCUGUUCGGAGGCAUGGCGAUCCUCUCUGGACUGCUAGUACUCACUCAGCCAGAGACGGUUGGCACUAAGAUGCCGGACACAUUAGCGGAGGCAGAGGCUAUUGGACGCCAGUGAAGCUCUCUUUGUGUAUCCUCUAUGAGGAGUGUAAAUAUAUAUAUACCUAAUAAUAUAAUAAUCAUAAUAUAGCUUAAGGCAGUAAAUUAUUUAAACAUUUAAUAAACUUGAAGAUGAAUCGAGAACCUACUCCUUUUUUGGAUGUUAGGUUUUGACUCUAAUAGACGUAUAUAAGUAAAUAUGGAAUUAAGUAACGGCCUUACUAAUUAAAACUUAAACAAUGGAUAAAUUUCUACCAUUUUCUACCAUAGCUGUGUCCUACUCUUGAUCACAUGAAACGUCAAUCAUAAAAAC